AUGAAACUUAUUAUACUGUUUAUGAAAUUUAACGCCAUAGGAAAGGUCCACGGUUCUUUGGCCCGCGCCAGUAAGGUGAGAGGCUCGACAGGCAAAGUGGUCAAGCAGGAUAAGAAGAAGCAGCCCCAGGGCCGCGCCCACAAACGCUUGCAAUACAACCAUAGAUCCGUCACCCCCGUAAUCGGCAUCGGAAAGAAGAGGGGACCCAACUCGUCUAAGAAGUAGGGCAAAGAUUCAAGCUUUGAAAGGAUGAGAAGUUCUUCCGAGAUUAAGAAAAAUUAAAGGCUUUAUUUUUGUUUAAUCGUCACUCUUUGUUCUUAAGACCUUAACACUGGUUGUUAGUUCAUAGAAAGAUAUUUGGAAGCGUUGGAUUAGGUUGGGAUUUUUUUUAUCUAAUUUGAAUUAGCAGCAAUGCGAUUUUGUUUUUGGUUUCUAAGAACAUUAAUGCAAUUUUGUUUCUGGUUGCUGGUUUGUCAAAAAAAUAUGAAGCUGCAGAAGAUUGAGGUGGUGCACGCGUUUAUACUUAGAAUGUUAUUUGUUUUUAUUUUUUUUGUUUUUCUAUUCUUAUCAUUAAAUAAAGUUAUUAAGUGGCUUUUGGAUAAAAUUCAAAAUUUUGAAGCUAUUUUCAUUAAUUUUUCAUUUAUUUUUUAUUAUAGACAAAUCUCUUGAUAAGGUUAAAUCUAAG